UAAUAAUAACAGAAGAAAUAUAACUGAUGUUUCGUCUUUUGUAGUUAUUAAUAUUUUUAUCAUUCGUAUUGUUUGCUGGUAAUUUUAUUAUUACAGUUAUUAUUUUAAUUAAAAAUGAAUUUUUUACAAAUUUUAACGCUCUUAACGAUUUUUCUGGCAAAAUCGAAAAUUUUUGGCAAAACCGAUGGCGAAGAGGAAAAUUCGGAGGCGAGUCGCAGCGACAUGUCGCUAGCGGGACAGCUGCCAAUCGUCAACAUACUAUCUAAGCAACCUAUGGCCAAACAUCCAGACGAAAUCCUAAAAGACAUCAGCAACAGCAUCAACGACAACAACAACAACAACAAUGACAACAAAAACAACAACAAUAACAACAACAACAACUACAACAACGAUAACAACAACAACAACAAUAACAACAACGAUAACAACGACAACAUCAACAACGAUAAAUUCUCUCUGUGGACAAAAAUUGCCUUCAACAAAAAAUGUUACGGGAACAUGUGCUACAGCUACAGUCUCUCAACCGUUCCAGUGGAAAAUUUGAAAGACGCCCUGGAUAAAUGCCCCCCGGAAACUUGGCUCCUGACGAUCCUGAAUUAUAGGAUUCAAAAAUCAGUGGAGAAGCUGAUGAGGCAAGAUUACGAUUUUAAGGAGAACGUUAUCCUGUCAAUGCUGUACGUUGGGGAGUGGGACCAGUGGAUCGUUAAUGAUGACAUCACAAUUUUACUCUCUUAUGAGAACUGGCUACGCGGUUUCAAACUACUGAAUGAUGUGAGAUGCAGUGCCAUCUGGAUUGAAGUGUCUGAUGGGACGAUUUCAUAUGAGAACAGCAUCUACAAGUCCGGUGUGGAGAGCUUGGAGAAUUGUAAGCUGCUCUGCGAGUUAUCUGGUGCUUCUUGCAUCGCAUCGAAUGUAGCAGCCACUGACACAGCAGCAGCAGCAGCGAUAGUAGCUGAUGACGUCACAGUGCUGGGAGACGAAGAUGAAGGAAACGACAGACCGGAUGAACUUCUAAUUAGGUUCAAGAGGUCGAAUGAGACAGCUGUGACCGAAGGCAUUGUGGAGAUUGUUCCAGCCGGUGGAAUACACAAUGAUGACAUGGAAAAAAAAUCAAGUCUGGAAGGCCUGAUGAUAUUGAACAUCAUCAUCGGUUGUGCCUAUGCAGCAGUUCUCAUAGCAUACAAAGUUUUACUUUUCUUAUACGGAAGAUGGUUCACCAUUGCAAGUAAGAAAAUUUGGAACCUUGGCUUAAUGCUAGUUGAACUAGAGAUUGGAUUAUGGAAGUAG